AUGGAGAAGCACAGUGACAUACACUCAGUGGAGAGCGCAUCGUCCCGGGUGGAAUCUCCAAAAAUAAACACGCGAAAUGACGUCAUAUCACGCCAUGACGUCACAUCAAAGUUCCUCUCAAUCGACGACCUGCUGCGACCAGACAAAAACCAAAACAAGGACUUGAAAAACGAAAUCCGGGCAUUAAGCAGUCCGAGAUCACCUACUACCCCUGAUUCUGACUCAGAUCCAUCUCCCCGUUUUAGUGCCUUCACGCCAACAAGGCUUCCGCAGGCCUCCGCGGACGUUCAGCAGUCCGGUGCGUUUAUUCUCCCCACGCAAUCCCUGUACCCUUCCAUAUCUGCGGGAAUGGGGGCCCCAGGACUGCCAAAUCUUAGCCUGCCAACGCAGAUGUCCCCUUAUACUGACUUUAACGCGGCAGCGUGGAUGUACCAUCCGAGCAUCAUAAACAGACAACAAUUCUUUGGACUAAGUGCACCGAAGAACGUUGGUCGAAGGGCCCGAAAGCCGGGUAUUGAUAGGAAACCACGACAGGCGUACUCAUCUAAACAAUUAGAGAGACUAGAGACAGAGUUCAAGAAUGAUAAAUACCUCAGUGUUAGCAAGAGGAUGGACCUAUCGCAGGCCUUGGAGCUGACCGAGACGCAGAUCAAAACAUGGUUUCAGAACAGACGAACCAAGUGGAAGAAACAGAUGACGGCUCGUCUAAAGAUCGCUCAACGCCAAGGACUCUGGGGUCCGCCCUACUGGGGCGCAUGCGCAUCUAUCAAUCACUAUCCCGGCAUCCUCUCCGCUGCUCCCGGAUGUCCCACUGCGACUCUGGCGCCAUCUUACGGACUUAGUCUUGCGACAAGUUGAAGGGAUUAUAUGGAAAUGACCUUGAACAUUUGUGACUCUAGGAAGCGUUUUUGACGACGCCAUUUUGUUAUCCUAAAAUGAACUUGGGGAUAACACGGCCACAGAAUAGCCGUAUCAUCAUAUUGUGGCUGGUGUAAGCUUGGUCGGGUUCGAUUCUUGGGAUUAAGUACGUAAGCCAUUGGUUUGAAUCUGGAUAUUUCUCAUCAAUGUGAUGCUGUAAUGAGAUGGGUAGCUGUCGAGGGUGGACUACGUUCUUACAUCACCCCAUAUCCAUUAUUUUAGUUCAUUUUUGACUUAACGAUAUGUGUGUAAUGCUGUACAUAGGGUCUAGUAAGACCAUCAGAAAAAAUAAAUGAUUUAGUGUAAUUUC